AGUGCACUUCAUCCUGAUUGCACAGCCUGUGAUUGGAUGCUGGAGUUAGAGGAGGAGUCAGUGAUCACAGUGCAGAACAGAGGCUAAGAAGGAAAGUGUCAAUCUGCCAAAGGAAUGCUCAGGAGAGCAGGUGCCUACCUCGGAUUCCUGCAUCUUCCUCUUUUUCUUCUCUCCCUCUCUCCCUCGUUUUUUUGGUUUCAGUUCUUUUCUCUCGUCCUCAUCCCCAACAGUCUCUUCUGUGUUUAUCUGCUUUUUUCUGAGAACUCUGCUCUGCUCGAGAAGGACAGUGUGGGUUAAAUAAUAGCUGCUGGAAAGCUCGCUGAUGCUCGAGGAUGACAGAGGGACCUCUGUGCACAGACAAAAAGCACCUCUUUAGAUCUCCUUAGCUCAGAUGGAGAUAGAAAACACAGCAGAGACUCGCAAGUGAAGAAUAAACGUGGAAUAAGAUGGAAAGCGGGAGACGGUGGUGAGGAGAUCUUGCGGAAAUGAACAUCUCAGAGCACCACGGGCUGCACCACGGCCACCGGAACCACAGCCUGGCCGUGCAGAUCGGUAACAAAGCCGUCUCUGGGGAAAGGAACUCUGCAUCUGGAUGCUACGAGCAGCUGUUGAUCUCCACAGAGGUUUUUAUCACACUAGGGUUGGUCAGCCUUCUGGAGAACAUUCUGGUAAUUGCAGCCAUCAUUAAGAACAAGAACUUUCACUCGCCUAUGUAUUUCUUCAUCUGCAGCCUGGCGGUGGCCGACCUGCUGGUCAGCGUAUCGAACGCCACGGAAACGGCCGUGAUGGCGCUAAUCACCAGCGGCAACCUGACCAUCUCUGGAGAUGUCGUGAAAAGCAUGGACAACGUAUUCGACUCCAUGAUCUGCAGCUCGCUCCUGGCAUCCAUCUGGAGUCUCCUGGCCAUCGCCGUUGACCGUUACGUCACCAUCUUCUAUGCCCUGCGCUACCACAAUAUCAUGACCCAGCGUCGGGCGGCACUCAUCAUCGUAUGCAUCUGGAGCUUCUGCUCAGCGUCCGGCGUGCUCUUCAUCAUCUACUCGGAGAGCGCUACGGUCCUCAUCUGCCUUAUCAGCAUGUUCUUCACCAUGCUGGCCCUCAUGGCCUCGCUUUACGUGCACAUGUUCCUCUUGGCGCGACUUCACAUGAAACGCAUCGCCGCCUUACCAGGAAACGGCCCUGUGUGGCAGGCGGCCAACAUGAAGGGCGCCGUGACGCUCACCAUCCUGCUCGGAGUCUUUGUGGUGUGCUGGGCUCCGUUUUUCCUCCACCUCAUUCUCAUGAUCUCUUGCCCCAGGAACCCGUAUUGUGUCUGCUUCAUGUCGCAUUUCAACAUGUACCUGAUUCUGAUCAUGUGUAACUCGGUGAUCGACCCGCUCAUCUACGCUUUUAGGAGUCAGGAGAUGAGGAAGACCUUCAGGGAGAUCUGCUGCGGAUGGGCUUCGGGGUGGAGCUGUGGGUGGAGUUGCGUCGGCUUCGACGAGAGGCUUAACAGCUAUUAAACGUCUUGUUUUUACGACCGCCUGACCAUUCGCUCUUUUUGUUUAAAGUUGUUCCUUUAUUGAAAUCAUGAACUACACCAGAUGAAACUUCACCACUAACUUCAGUUUGCUAACAAAGUUGACUCGAAAGCAAUUUCCUUGUUUGAUUUCUGUCCUUUGCUGCAUAACUGUGAAGAUUUUUCAAUCAUUUCUGCCUUUCAGUCCUCACCAACAGAUGGUUUCGCUCGCUCUAAAAUGAUUUCUGGACAGAUACCUUCAGAACUGAAAAGAAAAAAUUGAUGCAAGUCUGCAGGGAAGAGCUGGAAUUCAAGGUAAUUAGUAAUAAUCCUAUCGAUUGAGGUAACUUCAUAUCGAGCAGCCAGCUCUUUCUCAGUGCGUGGAUAAUGCCUCGAGUCUCAUCUCCUCUCUCGCUGGUCGAUUUUCCCUCGUAUUAAUUCACGUAACACAGUGUAGGAUUGAUAUCGUGCUGUGAAAUGGCUGUGACUCUCUGUACCUCAAUUUCAUGCUAAGUGAUGAGACGUAUAGUUACAUUUUCCUCCACAUCAUGCUGAAGUGUGUAUAUAAAAUAUGCAAUGUCAUAAAUCAGAGAUAUUUGGUCUUCACAAGACGUUUAGAGUUUCAUUUAUAAAUGUCAAAAACACUGCAGGCAGACAUCCUAGCACGAGCCUUUGCUUUAAAGCCAGAUUGUAAUAUUGUGUAUUGUGUAAAAUUAUUAAUAAAAUCUCAUCAAAUUAAUAAAGAA